ACUCCUGCCGCCUCGGACUUUCCCUUCGCCACAAAACAACUUAUUUCCUCUUCGCCUGAGCCACCUUUGGACGAUCCUUGUCUCUUGUUUUGCAGUUGUUUUUGCGUUUUAGCGGCUCUCACACAGCCAUGCUUUCAGUAGAGAGACUGUGUGUUUUUCUUUUAUUCAACGCGGCUGCGACCUUCGUCUCUGCAGACAAGAUGACAGCAGCCACGGUGUACUGGGACUCCCAACACAAAAUGGUCCUGCUCAAGGAGGGGGUGCUGGAGACGGAGGGGGACGCGUACGGGUACCUGAACAACACCCUGUCCAGUACAGGCUGGAGUGUCCUGGAGAUCCGUGCCGGCUACGGAAAGACCCAGGAGACUGAUGACAUCACCUUCUACCUGGCCGGAUACCUGGAAGGUUUCCUCACUGCCCAGCAGAUGAUGGACCACUACACCAACAUGUAUCCGCAGCUGAUCCAAGACCCGAAGAUCCUCGGCCUGGUUCAGAGCUUCAUGGCGAAGCAGGAUUCAUGGGUCAGAGAGCAGGUGAAACUGAACAAGAGCUCUGAUCCUCUGUGGCAGCAUGCAGGCUUCAUCGUGGCCCAGAUGGACGGGCUGCAGGCAGGAGUGAGAGACUGGGCCAAGAAAGAAGGGAAAAAGCCGCUGACCCUGUUUGACGUCCAGUUCCUGAACUCGGUGGGAGAUCUGCUGGAUCUGAUCCCGGCCUUGGCGCCCGGCUCCAACCCUCCGCUCAGAGACUUCAAACUCCCAGGGAUGGGACACUGCUCUGCUCUCAUCAAGAUGCUGCCCGGCUUUGAGAACCUCCUGUUCGCCCACUCCAGCUGGUACACGUACGCUGCCACCAUGCGGAUCUACAAACACUGGGACUUCCACAUCGCUGAGCCCCACGCCGCCACGGGGAAACUGUCCUUCAGCAGCUACCCUGGUUUCCUGGUGUCUCUGGAUGACUUCUACCUCCUGGGCAGCGGCCUGAUGAUGACCCAAACCACCAACAACGUCUUCAACUCCUCCCUUUUCGACACUAUCACCCCCAAAAGCCUGCUGGCGUGGCAGAGGGUCAGGCUGGCUCACAGUCUGGCUCGUACCGGAGAGGAGUGGGCCGAAACCUUCUCCAUGUACAACUCUGGUACCUACAACAACCAGUACAUGGUGUUGGACAGGAGCAGAGUGAAGCUGGGCCACAGCGUUGAGGACGGCGCCCUGACGGUGGUGGAGCAGAUCCCCGGGCUGGUGGAGUACUCCGACCAGACGCAGGCUCUGCGCAGAGGUUACUGGCCGUCCUACAACAUUCCUUUCCACAAGAAGAUCUACACGCUGAGCGGCUACGGGGAGAUGUGGAAGGAGUACGGCGAGGACUUCUCCUACGAUCUCUGCCCCAGAGCCAAGAUCUUCAGACGCGACCAGGCCGAUGUCAAAGACCUGGACUCCCUGAAGCACAUCAUGAGGUUCAAUGACUACAGGAAGGAUCCAUACUCCAAAGGCGACCCCUGCAAGUCCAUCUGCUGCCGUAACGACCUGAGGUCAGAGCGGCCUUCACCAGGAGGUUGCUAUGACACCAAGGUGACAGAUUUUCAAAUGGCCGGGGACUUUCACGCGGAGGCGGUGAACGGGCCGACCACGCAGGACGGACUCCCGCCGUUCCUCUGGGAUAAAUUCAGCAGCAUCAGCCACAAAGGUCUGCCACGGUCCUACAACUUCACCUUCAUCAUGAGAUAA